CUCUGCGAACAUUUUGGAUUCUCCACGUUUGUUUAAAUUUGGUUGGCUCUACAUCUACUCUCAGAAGCCAAACCAAAAGGGGUUAGGGUUUUUGACCGUGUGAGCGAGAGCGUGAGAUCUCUUUCCUUUGUUUUUUCUUCUCCAGUACCGAAUCAAUGGCCUUCUCUUCUCUCCUCAGAUCUGCCGCCGCCGCCUCCACCACGGUUGCUUCUCCUCGCGCUGACUUUUUCUCCUCCCCGACGUCUAAUCAUUCUAAGGUGUCGUCAAAUCUUGGGUUUAGUCGCAACCUGAAAUCAUCAAGAUUUUCAUCUGGGAUAUCUUCAUCUCUACAAAAAUGCAAUGCUAGAAGUGUUCAACCCAUCAAAGCCACGGCUACAGAAGUGCCACCUGCAGUUAAACGGUCAAGUAGCAGUGGAAAGACAAAGGUUGGGAUCAACGGUUUUGGUCGGAUUGGAAGGUUGGUACUCCGCAUUGCAACAUCCAGGGAUGAUAUUGAGGUUGUGGCAGUGAAUGACCCAUUCAUUGAUGCCAAAUACAUGGCUUACAUGUUGAAGUAUGAUUCUACUCAUGGAAAUUUUAAGGGAAGCAUCAAUGUCAUUGAUGAUUCUACUUUGGAGAUCAAUGGGAAGAAGGUCAAUGUUGUGAGCAAGAGAGAUCCAGCUGAGAUCCCAUGGGCUGAUCUUGGAGCUGAUUAUGUUGUUGAGUCUUCUGGUGUAUUCACCACCCUGUCCAAGGCUGCAUCCCAUUUGAAGGGCGGUGCCAAGAAAGUUAUAAUUUCUGCCCCUUCAGCUGACGCACCUAUGUUUGUUGUUGGAGUGAAUGAGAAGACAUACCAACCAAACAUGGAUAUAGUCUCCAAUGCAAGUUGUACCACCAAUUGUCUUGCCCCUCUUGCAAAGGUGGUGCAUGAGGAAUUUGGUAUUGUUGAAGGCUUGAUGACAACUGUCCACGCAACUACAGCUACUCAGAAAACUGUUGAUGGGCCAUCAAUGAAGGACUGGAGAGGAGGCCGGGGCGCUAGUCAAAACAUCAUUCCUAGCUCAACUGGCGCUGCGAAGGCUGUUGGUAAAGUUCUUCCAGAGCUGAAUGGGAAACUUACGGGAAUGGCCUUCCGUGUACCAACAGCGAAUGUUUCUAAGCCAAACCAAAAGGGGUUAGGGUUUUUGACCGUGUGA